AUGAAGGCUUUGAUAUUCAUCGGUCUGCUGGUAUUUGUGGGUAUGGCAUACGCAGCAGCGUUGCCUGACCCCUUGAUGGUUGAGGCUGCCCCGGUUGAAUCUGAAGUAUUAACCCCUGCAGAGAGCGGAUAUUAUGGUGGAGGCAGAGGUUGGGGAGGUGGUGGAGGCAGAGGUUGGGGAGGAGGUGGAGGCAGAGGUUGGGGAGGAGGCAGAGGCUGGGGAGGAGGCGGAGGCUGGGGAGGAGGUGGAGGUAGGGGUUGGGGAGGAGGCGGAGGUAGGGGUUGGGGAGGAGGCGGAGGCUGGGGAGGAGGCGGAGGCUGGGGCCGC